AUGUUGAGCAAACCCGUUCUCAGUUGAGGUAGUCUUCCUAGACAGUCAUCCUAACAAGAAGUCCUACAAUUUUGAAACAUGGAAGGAAUGGUUCCCGACGAAGAAAGGGGCGUUGCAACCUUGGGAGGAAGGGCUAGCCUUCCCACUAUGUACGUCGAAAACGAAUUGAAUAACUCUACCGUAAGCAACGCCCACCUUCGCUUCCGGAAAAUAAGCCACGAGGCGCCGAAUUCCUCGAAUGGGCGUUUCAACCCUUGCUAUGGCACCCCUACCACGUAUUGCUCCUCACCGAGGGCAAACCAUAAGACGCCAGAUUCAGGUAUCGAGGUUUCCAGUUCAUCGUUGGACACUUCUCCAGAAUCUCUUGACAAUCAGUCGCAAAGUCUGCGUUUUCCACCUCACAGGAAUCUUUAUGAGGAUGGGUCCUUCAAUGAGGCUGACGAGUAUGAGGCUGACAUCCCCGAUCCGAUGAGCAUGUCUUGGGAGGACUUGAAGAGAAAUUGGACUCGUAGCCGAAUCCGAUUCGACUCCCCAUCAUAUUUGCCCAAGCUCAAGGAGAUUCUACCGGUCUUGCUCUUGAUUACGGUCUUGGCCAGCGCCGGAUUCGGUGUGGUGAUCCUUCAAAAUGCCCUCCGUAGAGGAGCCUCAACUCAAGGCGACGAUGUCCAAGCCUUAAUUAUGGGCGGUAAAUACGAAGCCCUCGCCUACGGUCAAAAACGGCGACGGGAGGUUCUGGAGAGCUCGGGGCGUCUUCUUCCCGAUAACCUGCAGUCCGAAACUGGAGAUGUUUUAGGAGGCAAGAAAGCUUCGAUUCAAUAUGGUCACGACCUCAAGAACCUGCAGGCCAAAGAAGAGACCCAACGCAUGUUGGAAGUACAAGCCGCAAAAUUGGAAAAGAUCAUCGAGACUCUGGCCCUGAAGGAGGGGGAUUCCGAGGAGGUUGCCAAUGAGAAGAAAGACCUUCUCUUGGAGAAACUGCGCGAGUCCGGACAUUUUGCCUCCUCCAAGAUCGAACCUCUGGAUAUCGACAAUGUCAGUCCGCCUCAGGAUCAUGAAGUGAUCAUUGAAAAGAAACCCUCUCCACAAAUCGGUCCUAAACUGGACGACGAGAACAAUGCCCCUAAUUCAGAAAACCCUGAGCCUGUCAAAAUUCGCCGGAAGCGAGUGAUUUUACAAUCUAAGAGUGCCAACCCAUUGAAGGAGUUCAGGAUCACAGAACUUGACGGGGAAAAAGAGGACGACCCCUUUCGCCUGCUAUGAGCAAGAUUUCUACUUUAUGAUGAACUUUCUAUAUGUAUCAAACUUUGAGACCCUUAUGUGUAUUAUUUGCUGACGAAAUGGGAAAUAAAGCGUUCUUAGAAAUUGCCCGAGAA